GUGGUCCACUUGACAGCGGCGGCGCGGAGGAAUUCAGAGUAGGAAAAAAAAACAUCUACCAGGAAGUUAAGUCGAAGAGGAAACGUAGUCGGAACUAGAAAGUAUUUAACUUUAAUGUUUUAAACCGAGGUUUUAUAGGUUUUAAGUAAAAGCAACCAGCUAAACUACAACUUAGGCCAGCAAUUUACGAGCCAGAGGACUUUUGCUUCCAAACAAGAUGGACUAUGAUCCGGAGCGGGGAGAGAUCGAGGACGCCCCGGAGCCGAAGGACAAGGUCCAGGUCCUGAAGGAUCAGGUGGAUGGCGUGAAAAGCAUCAUGACGCAGAACGUGGACCGCAUCCUGGCGCGAGGCGAGAGGUUGGACGACCUCAUGGGCAAGUCGGAGGAUCUGCAAGCAGGGGCUCAGAACUUCAAGCAGACGUCUCACAAAGUGGCCCGUUCCUACUGGUGGAAGAACGUCAAGCUGGUGGUGGUCAUCAUCGUGGUCGUGCUCAUCAUCAUCCUCAUCAUCAUCCUGCUGGCCACCGGCGUCAUUCCUGUCAGCGCGCCUGUGGGUCCUGUAGUCACUCCCACCACCAAACCCAAACCCUGAACACCCGAGGAGCGAACGCACACAAGAUGUACAAAGAGACCCCAAGAGGUCUUAGACACAGUAUACUGAGUAAUAUAUUGUCCCUAGCAAAUUACUUCUUCUUUCUGGUAAAUAUUGAAGCUUUCUUCAGGUUACUUUCAUGCUUUUGUUACAGGCACUUUAAUGACACACACACUCUAUAAAAGUUAAGUAAAACCAGGUAGUUCUGGUGAGUAUUUUCUAUUUUUAUUCUUUUACUGGAAGCACCCCAAUGUCCAUCUCCAUCUGUAACCAUGGGGGUGCUCCCUUGAAGGUUUCUAGAGGGUAGCGAGGAUUGAGCCCUCUUUUAUUUUUACGUCCCAUCGUUCCUCCUCUGUUGUUUCCAAAAAGGUCUGCUUGUGAAGUCCACACCAGGAGAAAUGUACGCAGCCUGCUGUCACAUAUCAGAUUUUCGUUGUUACCCCCCAUUUCGUUGAAAGAGAAUCAGCUUUUUUUUUUUACAUUCAUUUUUACCGACGCUGUAAAGGAAGGUGCAUGCAACAAACAGUCGGCUCUUCUGUUCUGAUGUUGGCGCAGACAGGCGGUUUACACACACAUACGUGUUCCAGAAAAGGGCUGUGGUGUGUUAAAAACAAAGCUGUUUGCUGCCCAGCGCAGUGAACGCACCACUACUGUCAGACUGCUGCAACACGGCUGCUGGGAGAGGAUCCGGUUCCCUCAGCCCACCAGCUGGGAGAGACCGAACCCUGUCCAUGCAGGGGCUGUGAGGCUGAAUCGGUGCUGAAACAUUCAAGCCCUAACCCCAAACACCCCCCCCCCCCCACACACACACACACACACACACACACACACACACACACACACACACACACACACACACACACGAGCAAUACUCCCACAUCUGUUUAGCUUUAAAGAGGUCAAGAUUAAUCCAUUUCUGAACUGUAUAUAGUCAACAUCCUCCCCAAUUUGUAUAUUUACUACAAUUAGUAACAAGUGUCUUAUUAAAAGUCGUUAACCUUUAGAACUAAAUUAUUUGAUGCUUUAUAAUCCAGAAUGAUUCCUAUAUAUUUGUGUAUAAAUAGAUGAUCUUUACUGAUUAAUAAUAAAAUGGUACGGUUGGGUUUGUUGCUGUUAAUCGGUGACGAGUUGCUGGUGUAAAAGGCAGAAUGUGUUGGAUCAAAUUCUGUGUUUUUGUUGUGUGUGAUUCUGGGAUGCAGUAGCCUCUGUUCUCUUGGCCUGUUUUGACUGAUGCUAGCCUGAUCGGUGAUGUUUGAGACGGCCCUGAUGGCAGACUGCUGCAGAGCAACUGUAUGAUGCAGCAUCUCUGCGGGGUUAGCGGUAUUUAAUGGUUUUUACUGUCUGAUAAAGUCAAUAAAUAGUAUUUACCUCA